AUGGAUAGAGAGAAGUUUCAGCAGAAGGCUCUGAAGCAAACUAAGCAGAAGAAAUCCAAGUCGGCUGAAUUUCUGAUGGAUAAAGAAGCCAGAGAAGCUACAGAAGGCAUUGGGAAUCCAGCUUUUAACAUGAGCAGCCCAGAUCUCUCAGCAAGGCAGACUUCGGAAGAGAAAGUGAUUAGACAUGACGUGCUGGAUCGCACCCUUGCAGCUCACCAACAAAAAUUGAGGCUGCUAGCCUCUGCAGAACCAAGAGGAAAUGAACAUGGCAGAAAUUACUUUGACCCACUGAUGGGUGAGGAAAUAAACCCAAGGCAGUGUGAGAUGGAGGUCAGCGAAGAGGGUGAUGAUGAAGUUCUCCAUAAUCGAUUAAUGAAUCUGCUUGAUGAGAGUGGACAAGGAGAACCCCAAGGUGAGAGAAUCAUGGAGGAGGCUGUGGAUUCUGAAAUGCCCAUAAAUUGUGAAAUUCACAAAGGGCUUGAUGAAGUAAUCCAGUCUUACCCUGAGGAGUUUGAAUGCCAUGCUCAGAAGGAUGUAAUUCUGCUUGGGAGUUCUCCAUUACAACAGGAUUUGAAAUACAAAGGAGAGAAACUCGACCAAUACAUUCCUAUGUCUUGUUUAAAGACUGACACAGCAUUCGAGAAAGCUCCAAGUCAAUCGUUCAUGACAGACGUGAAUGUUCGUACAAAGGACAGCUCGGCCAGGUGUGGUGUCCUCAUGGAAGUAACUGAGGACUCGAAGGGAAGAGCAGGAACUUUCUGGAAGGGUGAGCAGGCUCAGUUGCUCCAGCCCCUCCGCAUACAGAUCAAAUGCUUAAGGGGCCUCAAGGACAAAGCUCCUCCAGGCUCUUACCUGCUCAAAGUAUCCCUGCUUGGUCGACUGGGGGACUGUGUCUCACAGUGGAGGCAAACAGAGCAGCUGAGGACCAGAACGCAUCCCGUGAGGCAUGACGGAAACUUUUAUGACGUGGGGCUCUAUUUCCAUGAAAGCCUGUAUGUGGCGAUCCCUCAAAACAAAGGUGUAAAACCGGGAAUGGCUAUCUUGUUUGAGCUCUUUCUCCUUCGUGGGACAUAUGCUUGCCUUGACCGGGUCAUGGGCUGGGCAGUCUUCCCUUUGUGUGAUAACAACUUUGAUGUAGUGGAGGGAAAAUUCAAGUGUCCCCUUCUCCGAGGACAUUAUGAUCAGAAACUCAGCAACUUCCGGAAAAUUGAAGAUCUGAUUUGCCUGGAUUUGGACCACUGGCUGUGCAAUCUCUAUUUUCAGGUCAUUAAACUUCCUUUGCGUUUGGAUGAUCAAAAACACCACGGAAGCCAUACUCAGUUUUCUCCUGAAUUUCCAGUUUGUUUCAUGGCUAAAGCAGAGAAAGCAGAAUCAAGUGUGAAUAAUACAGCUGGCCUUUCAGAGAAAGACAUAGAGAAAAACAUUUGUGCAUCCAUCGGUGAUGACGUGAAAUUCACCUCACACUCUUCUCAAGGGAGCUUUUCUAAUAAAAUCGAUCCAUGCCCUGUGGACUGUGAUCUAAAUCUCUUAAAAGAAGACCAUGAAUUACACUCAAAGGGAGAUAGCCCAACUGAUCACUCUGUAAAGCAAAAAUCAUCUGUUUGGAGAGCCAGAAAACACGAAGAUUAUCCACAGGACACAUCUUACCUGGAGGAAUUAGAGAAACACCGAUUUUCAGUUUGCUCUUCUGCGGUGGACGAUAGUGGUGGAUCUGGAAAAUUCUUCAAGCAUCUCCAUUUUGUGCUGGUGUCACUAUCUUCAGAACUGUGGUUAGCUCAGUGGUCAACUCAAGGCUUCUGGUACAUUAUCCUACUGAUGGCUGCUCUCUGGUUCCUGAGGCUCUAUCUGCAUUACCUUGGCCAGUGGCUUUUCCUCCGGGCCAUUUCUACCCCUGUUACAAAAUUCCAUUUUUCCCCUCACACAGUUGAGCUUUGCUACCCAACUUCUUCACAUCACAUCAGAGAGGAGCUUCCUGUGGUGGUCGUGGGGCCUUUAAUGCUGAACACAGUCGUACUGCUUUUGCUUCUGAUCAGAUGGGGCUGUCAGCUACUGUUUAACUCCUGCCCUGACGUCUUGUCAAAGCUAAUCAUUACCAUGGGACUAUGGACAGUUCUAGACCCACUGGCUGUGUUCUUAGUGGAUAUUCUCCUGGGGCGACUUACCCAUAGUGAGGAGACUCCUGUAGCUGAUGCAGCAAAACUCUACUGGAUAUUCAUAAGGACCAAACAACCAGGAAUUCUUGGUGUGGUGAUCACAGUGCUACUUUACACCCUCCUGUUCAUCAUUUCUUCUUUGAUUUUAUAUCUGUAUUAUCUCAGGUUGCACAGUGAUUCUUGGAUACUAGAUGCAUUUCAGCGUAUCCACAGUGAAGAAACCAAGUUCUUUAUACCGUAUGAUUUGGAGAUUUCCAAUCAGGAGCUAAGCUAUAUAGUGAAAAGAUCUGAGCAAUGGAGAGGGGUCAAUGGUGAAAGAAGGAAGGUGGCGGUGUAUGAUUACAUCUGGAAAAGCCAUGGCUUCAACUCCAGUGUCUCCAGCUGUGACCUCCAACAUCAACGUGACACUUCUGUGUCUGCACUUGAUUCAGGAGAUACAACUUCUCAUGUAGCUGUCUACACCGUCUAUCCCAGUGGGUUCCAAGAGCUGUAUCGCCAUUUUCUCAGACUCCCCGGAGGUGCCAUUGUUGAGGUGUUUGGUGACAUCAGUGCCUUCAAGUUUGUCCACAGUGAAGUGAUCACAGCUAUUCAGGAGCAUUUAAAUGAAAUGGACACUCUACUGAGAACCUCUGUUGAUGAUAAAUCAAGAGAAAUGAAUCCAUUAAAGUAA